CGAAGGACGCGCGGCCUCCCGGGCGCUGCUCGUUAGGGUGACCCAACGGGUGAGACAGCAGCCCGAGGGCACCGGAGCCUCCUCCGGGGGGCAGCUGGUGAGAACACUAUUUAAACCUCGGACACCGCGGCCCGGAAGUCGGUCCGGAAGAAAGAACGAAAAUUUGGGGAGCAAUAAUCGGCACCGAACGCCCGCAGCCCUGCCCGAGCGGCGGAGCGCGGUCCCCGCGCGUACCCGGCACGCACCGCCCGCCGCUCGCGCCGCUGGCGGCCCGCCCCCUCUCGCGUUGGAGCCGCGGAGCGCCGGCGCUGCCGCGGGGCCAUGGCUGCGCUGAGGGACUGCAAGGCCUGGCAGGAUGCUGGACUUGUCCUGUCCACGACCAGCAAUGAAGCCUGUAAGCUCUUCGAUGCUGUGCUGACACAGUAUGCAACUUGGACCAAUAAUGAGAGCCUUGGAGGUAUUGAUGGAUGUCUGUCCAAGCUAAAAGCAGCAGAUCCAAACUUUACAAUGGGACACGUCCUUGCCAAUGGCUUGGAGCUGAUUGGCACUGGAAGGUCCGUGAGACUCGACAAGGAGCUGGACAGCGCCGUGAGAGCCAUGGUGGCACUUUCGAAAUCACAGCCACUGACGGAGCGGGAGAGGCUUCAUGUGGCAGCCUUGGACGUGUUUGCCAGGGGCCAACUUCCAAAAGCUUGUGAUCUAUGGGAGCAGAUUCUAGAGAGCCACCCAACUGACCUGCUGGCCCUCAAGUUUUCCCAUGACACCUAUUUCUACCUGGGAUAUCAGCGGCAGAUGCGAGAUUCUGUUGCCCGUGUUUAUCCCUUCUGGACACGUGAUGUUCCACUGAGCAGCUAUGUGAAGGGCUACUACUCUUUUGGACUUGUGGAAACAAACCUUUUUGACCGUGCUGAGAAGGUUGCCCAUGAGGCUUUGGCCAUAAAUCAGACAGAUGCAUGGUCUGUCCAUACUAUAGCUCAUGUAAAUGAGAUGAAAGCAGAGGUGGAGAAAGGCUUAAAAUUCAUGAAGGAAACAGAAAAGAACUGGAAGAGCAGUGAUAUGCUUGCUUGCCAUAAUUACUGGCAUUGGGCUUUAUACUACAUUGAAAAGGGGGAAUAUGAAGCUGCUUUGACAAUUUAUGACAAGCAUAUUGCUCCCCUGUGCCUGACAAGUGGAAGCAUCCUGGAUGUAGUUGAUAACAGUUCGAUGCUGUACAGGCUUCAUCUGGAAGGUGUAAAGCUUGGGGACAGGUGGAAUAAACUGCUUGGGGUUACGAAGAAGCACACCAAGGAUCACAUUCUUCUCUUCAAUGAUGUGCAUUUCUUGAUGUCUUUCCUUGGAGCCAAAGACCACAAAACUACUGAGGAGCUUUUAACAACUCUGCAGGAACUUGCCAGAGCACCUUGUGAAGACCACCAGCUUUCCCUGGCUCCUAGGCUGGGGCUGCCACUGUGCCAGGCUUUUGUAGAGUUUGAAAAUGGGAAUUGUGACAAAGCUGUAGACCUGCUGUACCCAAUUCGUUACGAAUUAGUCCAAGUGGGAGGCAGUGAUGCUCAGAGAGAUGUUUUCAGCCUGUUACUGAUUCAUGCUGCUUUAAAUUCUAAAUCAAAGGCCAAACAAAACCUUGCAAGGCGUCUCCUGCAUGAGCGUGAUCUGAUGAGACCAAAGUCACCAAUGACUGAGAGACUGAUCAGGAAGGCAGCAGCCGUGCAUGCCAUGGCAUAGGGCUGGGAGAGCCAGGAGCUGUCCACAGAGUCUGGCUGCAGGGAGUGCAGGGCUGCUGUGAAGGAACUUGGGAUGGUACUCAGGGUUAAAAGGUUUGAGAAUAAUUUCCUUAAAAAAAAGACAGAGCUGUUGCAUUUCUGGAGGUUGUGUCUUAGAUGAUUCCACAAGGAAAGAAGAAAACUUGCUGAUAAUGCACAACUUUCUGGAACAUCCCAAAGGCACUGCUGCUCUGGUAUGUUUUCCUGAAUGUUCUCUCUGAGCCUGAUUAUACACAGUGCAAUAACAGUGCCUGGAUUUCAGUCCUUCUUUGGCCCAGUUUGUUACUUGGCCUACAUGUGAAGUAAACUGCUCAGGUAAUUCAAAGGGAGUUUUUAAAUAAAGCUAACAGGAAGGUGUGGGGCCAGAGGAAAUACAGGCAUGAACUGAAUUCAUAUCAAGCUUCCAGCCCAUUCAGGCAGGAGUCACAGAUCUGUCUGCAUUCAGGAUCUCUUUCCAGGUAAACAUUUUUAAACUUCCUUUCAUAAAAUGUUAAUUUUUCUCUUUCAAUAUAGCACAGCAGAGUUUUCUGGCAUUUUUUGGGUGAAUGAAACCAGACAAGAACCAGACAGGAAUAAUGACUAUUCUGACGUGGGUGCUCCCUCAGCACUUGUAAAUCUUUCAGAAAAAAGGGAAAAGCCUGGAUUUCAGCUGAACAGUACCAUCUCUGGAGGGUAUGUUGGACUGGAUCUUUGUGUCUCCCUGAGCUUUUGGAUAGUCAGCUUUACUACCCUCUCCAGAGAGUCCCUGCAUGUUGGCAAAGUGGUGUUUAAGCUAGGGUUCAAAACCCAGGAGGUCUUUCUGCCAUGGAAAGAGGGCUCAGGGGGACAGACACAGCUCUGUCCCAGCACACGUGAUGGGAUAAACUUCAGUGCUGCAAGUCAGGCACGAUGUGAACCUCAGGCCUCAAGGGAGCUCUGGUGCCUCUAGAUUCCUGCAGCAUCCCAGAGCUAACACAUUGUCUUGCAGUAGAAUUCCAGAAAUCCCUAAUGACAGGGAAGAUUGUAUUUCAGACCAAAACUGAACUCAGGCCUCCUCUUCUGGAAUAAAAAUCCACUUUGCAACUGCCUGGCUUUGCUUCCACAUCUGCAAGCUCUCCUGGCCCCACAGGCCUGCCUGUCCUUCCUGUCCAGCUCAGGCUCUUCCCCGUGUCCCACAGCAGCCUUGUCCUGCAGUUACCUUUUGACCACUUCCAACCCUGCACUGCCCCUGGGGUUCCUGCACUGUGGAGCAAGAGUUGGAAGUGCUUUGCUGACAUUUUACCCAAUCAUCCCUUGAGGCAGAAAUAGCUUAUUUUUAAAUAAUAAUGAAACCACGUAAGGGAUUGCAUUCCUUCCUUUGGGUCUUCUGAUUUAUGAGCGAGCUGUUCUUCAGCUUCAUCAGUGUUUAUCUGUUCAGCCAUGGUGGAGGGUGACUCACUUGGGACACAUUAAACUGCAUUUUUACUAUUAUUUUUAAUAAGUGCACUUCAGGCUGUGACUUUAGACAGGUAACUUUUUACUUGAGGAAUGUAACAAAUUGUGUAAGGGAACAAAAGCCUGAGAAAGCUCUGGCUGGUUAUGCAGGGUGUAAUUAAUGUAAUCAAUGACAGCUCUACUUUUGAUAGAACAUGACUGAGAAUUUUGAUUUGAGAAUUUUUGCUUUGGCUUAAUAAAUUCAAAGAUGAUCUUUGUUGAGCAAGCAAGUACAUGACUUCUUUCCAUGUGUGAAGCUUUUAAAUGUGUUAUUUAGCCUAAUUGCAUAGACAGGUAACAGUGUACACCCACUUUGUUUCUGUCACAGUGGCCAGAAGCAUCCAGCAGUGGAGAGCAGCAGUGUCUGUGCUCACACAGGGUCACAGCCCAAGAGUGGCACAGCCUCCCAGGGGCUUUCCUUGGUGCCACUUAGAAAGAGGCUGAGGUGCCACGAGGUGGAAGAACUGUUGUUUCUUUACCAUCCUCCUGCAUUCAACGUAUGCAUUUUCCAGCUUUCCUCCCCCUUAUUUGUCCAGGCUGCAGCUCUUGCCCCCAGUCCACCCCUCUGAUGGAAAAGCCAAAGCCUUGUGCACCGGAGCUGCAUGCCUGCCCCAGGGUGGGCUGGACCAUGGAACAGCUCUGCAAUUCCUGUAUUGCUGUGUCCUUCCUGUGUGUGUGGUGAUCUGAAGGGAUCCCAAGCUGUCAGCAUCUCACUGGCACCCUCCCCCUCCAGGACAGGCGCCUGAUUCAGAUUCUUUAAAAGUUACUCAUCUGCAUAUUAAAGAAGUACAUCCUUAGAACGUCUCAAUAUCUCACUAGUUCGAAAUUUAAAACCAUCAGUUCUGCCACUACCUCACUUAAUUUUUUCACCUUUUAGAACUUCAUGAACUGCUCAGUGCAGCUGUUUAAUUACAAACUACCCCACUGCUUUAAUAUUAAACAUCUCCUAGUUAGGAAGUGAAUUUACAGGAAUAUUCUCCCUGAACCAUGCUAAUCUCUCCUGAGCAAUUAGCUAAGCACCUGCCCUAUAAUGGCAGUCCACAUGUGUAGUUCCCUGGUUUAGAAACACUGAAGAAAGACAGGAAAUGCAGGCAGGGGCUGGUUCACUCAUCAGCAUGUUUACAUGUCUUGCCCUGUUUAUAUAAAGACAAACUGCACAGUGAAAGUGCCUGAAAACAGGUUUUAUUUGCAAAUACAGCAAGCUCAGUAAUUCAGAAACUCUACAGGCAAAUGAGAAAGAGAGAUCUUAAAAAGUGUAAAAAUCUUCCCUGCAUGUUUUCAUUUAGUUCUACGUCAUUUUAAUAAGAUUCUGGAUUUAUCUUUUCUGUUCCUCUUGGGAAGAACUUGCUAUCUUUGAGUGGUUUACAGAUUUGUAUCACAGAUGCAAAAAUCUUAGAGGCUACUGGUGCUUCUGUAAAGCUUAGCUGAAGGUAAAAAUUACUGCUCCUCUGUCCUCACUCCUAGUUUCCCUCUGAACAGCUGAACCAUCUAAAUAUGGCAUUUUGUACAGAGGGCCUUAACUCUGAUCCACUUAGAGACUCCCUGCUAACAACAUCCAGCAGAAACUGCACAGGUUUCUGCCCAGGGAUCACCCAGGAAACAGAGGAUUCUCACUCGUCAGCACCCACGCAGGACAGCAGCUCUACCACGGCCUCCAGAGAACCUGACUGGUCUCUUUCGGUGCCCUUCUACGUCUGAAAAACGAAAAUUAACACACAAACAGGACAGACCAUCUCUGUGCUCCUUAAGAGGUUUCUCCUGUCCUGUUGUGCUACGUGGCCACAUCCACUGGAAAGCCUGGCUCGCUGGGACACAGCCUUUGUGUCCUUAUGGCCAUUAGCUGGAGCCAAACCACCAAAUUUUGGUGUCUGCUUACUCAGAUGUGGUGGCUUUCACAGUUUCAGUUGAGCUCUGCUUUUGUAUAGGUUACAGCAAGUUACUGCAAAUUUCCACAAAGGAUCUGAUCCAAAAGCUUUCUGAUAAUCUGCCAUUGUACAGAUGAAAAUUCUCGAGAACUAACAACAUGGAUUUAAAAUAUACUUUUUUUGUUUACCGUUUUAACUUGAAACAUGAACCAGCAUUAACAAGCAGUGCUUUGAAAACAAACUCAAGUCAUUAUUACCUACACUGGAUUGCUUAUAAUAAUGAUAGAUGAGAGGAUCAAGAACAGAUGAAUUCUGCUCUGAAAACAAUCUCUGGCUACUAAAAACCUGAAAGCUUCCUUAAAAACUCCUGCACUGUUAAUUUUUAACUGUUUGCGAAGAGAAAGCCUCUACUUUUUUUCAGACGAUGCAUUUACAAUUAUUUGCCCACAGCAGUCAUAACAUUCAAC